UUAAUCCAAUAGUUAUUGAACAUGGUACAUUCUCUUGGUCAAAAGAUGAAUCUGCAAUACUGAAAGAGAUAAAUAUCAACAUUCCAGAAGGAUCUCUAGUAGCUGUAGUUGGGCAGGUUGGUUCCGGAAAAUCAUCUUUGCUCUCUGCCAUGUUGGGUGAUAUGGAUAAAUUAGAAGGAAGAGUUAAUAUAAAAGGAAAUAUUGCAUAUGUAGCACAGCAAGCAUGGAUUCAGAAUGCCACAUUGAGAGAUAAUAUACUAUUCCAUCAUGCUAUGAAUCAUGAGAAAUAUAAUCAAGUAAUCAAAGCAUGUGCCCUGGAAACUGAUUUGACUGUUCUUCCUGGAGGAGAUAUGACUGAAAUAGGAGAAAGAGUUGAGUAGAAUAAACUUUCUAAUUUAUAAUUUGUUUUUGAAAUAAUCAUAUUUUGUAGAAAUAAAAUACAAUCUUACUGAUCUAAAUUAUUUAUUAUACAGUGAAAAGUUUUGAUUAGGGGGGAAUAUAUAUAUCCCCCUAUUAUAUGUAUAGAAAAGGAAAAUAAAAAAACUGUAACAAAUAUAUAUAAAGUAGAAGUUUGUUAACCCUAUUCAGCUUUGAUCAGAAUGAUGCAUAUUAUCAAAAAUGUACAUUACCAGAUGUUUUAGUUUUUUCUUUUGCAAAAUUUUAUGAGUUGUAAGUGUAAGGUCUCCACAUCCAUUCAUUGGUCAUCUUAUGAUAACAGUCAAGUGACAUUGGCUCAAGUGGUUGCCAAUCUAUGAUUCUGCAGUUCAGUUUUAUUAAUGUAUCUCUUUUAGAAGGUUUGGAUUCAGGUGGAAGGUAAUAGCUCAACAGGUUAACCAAGAAAAUGAUUUCUUAAGUGACAUGGAGUAAAUACAGUUAGUAGCAUAUGUAGUUACAUGUGGUUAUCAGGUUACUGGUUUGUGGAGAGAGUGAGUGAGUUACAGUUGAAUAGCUAAAUACCUUCUUAUAUACAGUUGAAUAGCUAAAUACCUUUUUAUAAAAUAUGAUUCCACUUCUGCUCAAAAUGGUUAGCUGUUUUUUCCCCCUAAGCAUUUCCUUAGCUCUCAUUCUUCUGAAUUUUUAGUUCUACUCCCAUGUUGAAUGUUGGUAGACUGACCACCCAGUAGGCUCUGAACUCUGUCAGAAGACUGUGCUCUCUAACAAUAGUCUAAUCUCUGUGUUAGAAUUUCCAAAUUCUUCCUGUAUGAACCUCAGUAUGUCCAAUCAUUUGGACAGUUAGUCCAUUUUCACUAGUCAGGUUUCAGACAGAAAUAUAUCUUAUAAUGAGUUUAUAAACAUAGUUGUUGGAAAAAUGAUGUCAUGAAUGUACUAUGCUAUUUUUUUAUGACAAUAAUGACAGCACUGGAUCUCACAUCUGCAAUCUGAACAUUCAGAUACUGCUGUAAAUUUUGUAUCAGUAUGCAAUGUUGUAUGCUUUUGAUUUUUUAUGCACUUUCGUUAAUCAAUUUGAAAAUGAUACAGUACUUGACCAUAGUGUG